AUGAGGGAACUGGAGCAAAUGAGGAGUACAUUGGAUGAGGCGAUUUUGGAAACGCGCAGUACGCCUCUCGAAAAUCGACCGCGAACUUCCCCGCAUAGCCCUAAGCAAGCGGAAUUGGGCUAUCGUGAGGGCUCCGAACCCAAUGCUGGUGACCUAUUUGGAAGCCAUCUUUGCGAGACGGACUCAAUUCUCUUUGGCGCCGCACUGGCAGUCUGCCGUAUUAGAGGCGCCAAACUUUCCACGGCUGGAUGCAAUGCUAGACAAAGUAGUGCUAUCCCAGUCUGGAGAACAAGAAUUGAAGAACCUAUCGCAAAGGUUAGGACCCUCAUCGGCAGACUGAUAUACUUCAGGUCAGGCAAUACCAGGCCAAGGAUUGUGCGCACCGUUAGGAUGGCGUUUGCUGGCUGGGACAAACUAACAUUUGUCCCAGCUGGAUAUAAUGCAAAAACUUACGGAGUGCAUAGACGACCUGAAGCAGAGAAUCGCUGCUUGGGGAAAGCGGAUUCGGCGAUAUACCGAGAGGUCGACACGGUUCAACCAGAAUCGUCUCUUUCAGAGUGA